AUGAAUGCUUGUAAACGCGUUCUCGUAUUUGGAGCCACCGGCUUGAUUGGCCGCCAUAUCGUCCGACAAAUCCUCACCAGGAAGGACGACUUCGACCGCAUCGCUAUCUUCACAUCGCCCGACACGGUUCGAUCAAAAGCCGAAGAGAUCAAGCAGCUCAAGAAUGAGGGAGUGGAAGUUCUUGUUGGCAGCCUGACGGAUGAGGCCGAUGUUAGGAAGGCGUAUCAAGAUAUCGACACGGUCGUUUCCGCGGUGGGAAGGAACAUGAUUGUGCAUCAGAUCGAGUUAAUCCGCCUAGCCGAUGAAACUCCCAACGUCCAUCGGUUUUUCCCUUCUGAGUACGGCACCGACAUUGAGCAUAACCGUGAUUCUUCCGGCGAGAAACCACAUCAGAACAAGCUUAAGGUCCGCUCGUUCAUCCGGUCGUGCAGAAAUCUCGACCACACCUUCCUAGUAACGGGCCCGUAUGCCGACGGCGACCCGGGGCUUUACCUGAGUCCAAACUACGGGGCUGUACGUACUGGGAGUUUCGAUGUUCGCACCAAGACGGCAGUGCUGCUUGAGUCGGGAGAUUUGAACAUCGCCUUUACGACUAUGUGCGAUGUAGGGAAGUUACUCCUCGCGGCGCUUACUCAUCCAGAAGCUAGUCGCAAUAAAGCUUUAAGGGUCAAGUCAUUUACCACCACGGAUGGCAAGAUUCUUGAGGAGUUCGAAAAGCAGACAGGAGGAGAGAAGUGGCAAGUCUCGUAUACGAGCAUCGAGGAGUUGAGGAAGUUGGAAAAGAAGGCCUGGGCAACAGGCGAUCAUCAGGCGACGUUGAUAACGCUCAGGAGGAUCUGGGCCACAGGAGGUACCUUGUAUCACGAAUGGGACAAUAAACUAAUCGGAGAGCCAGCUGUCCAAACCUUAGCUGAGGCCGUGGCAACUGCCAUUGAUGUUCAGUUGCACGGGGAGCAGGAAAUGAAGCGAAAGUUGGUAUAG